GGACAGCAAGCGACGUCAGCACGAAAUCUUCAAAGAUUAGUGGCCGAAGCAGUUCGCCCCAGCUAGUUGUGUAGUCCAUAUUUUGCUGUCUUACGCGACAUACAAAGUGUGUUUCUUCCAACAGAAGCAUGGAAUUGUCAGAAGUUGUGUCAGCAAAUGUGGCUUUACCUGUACUAGGUGUUGUUAUCUUUGCAUUAUUUGUUUUUACAUAUGGCUUUAAAUCUCCACCCCAGCCACCAAGCUUCGAUUUCGAGGAUGAAAGAAAACAGAAUCAGAAAAGAGGAAAGAAAGGAAAGCAGCUAAAAGGCCAAACAAAUGGGCAUGUUGUUGCUGAGGUGCAUGAGGAGACUGGCUCCAAACCACCCACUCCGAAAGUGACCAAACCUUCACCUAAAGCAAAACCCUCUGAUGGAAAAUCACCCAAGACAGAGACUGCUACUCCCAAGACUGAAGGAAAGAAAGAGAAGUCAAAGAAAGUUGCCAUUGAUGUGCAAGAUGAAGUCAAGACAAAGGGGGGAAGCUCUGCAUCAACGGGCAAGGGAAAAAGGACAGAGGAAGAGGAUGGUCAAUGGGAGACCCAGCGAUCACGCAAAGACAAGAAGCAGAAGCCCAAGAAAGAUGAGAAAACAGGGAAAGUUGACUCAGAUGAACGCAGAAAGAGUGAGGAGAUGGAGUUGGACAAUGGGAGUGCACCUGCUGAUCAGAAGACCAAGAAAAAGAAGAAAGUGUCUAAGGCCAAGCCAGUUGAGGAACCCAAAAUUGAACCAGUUCGGGCAGUUUUUACAGGAGAAGCUGCUGCAUCACCUGAAGCAAUCAAGAUAGACGUAGAGAAACCAAUGUCAGCCUCUGGUGUUCAGGAUCGUGUGACUGAGGAAUUUGAGGUGAGUCAGAGUAAGAAGAACAAAAAGAAAGAGAAGAAAACUAUCCCAGUUGCCACAGCAGUUGCAGUUACCCCCCAGGCCACAAAUAAAGAUGCUGCACAGGCCACAACAAAAGAUUCAAAAGAUACUAGUUCUAUUCGCAAAGCCAAAGUGGACCAGGCAAAGGAAGUUUUGCCUCCAGCAGAGGUAAAGCCUGCCACUAGUCCAAAGAAAAAGAAAGGGAAAAGUGACUCUGGUGAUACUGGAGUUUCUGCUCAGCAAGCAAAGGAGGAGCAUGUCAUGAACGUAAAACCAGCUGAAGACAUCAAAGCUGCAGAACCCAUCAAAGUAAAGGCCACAAAGUCAGAGAAAAACAAGGUUUCUGCUAGCAAGCCUGCAGCUGCAUCAAAAAGCCAGGCUUCUGCCACAGUAGAAACAAAGCCUGCUGCUGCUUUAGAAAGCAGAGCUCCUCCACCAGAGACCGCUACCACGGAGCCUUCAGCAACCAAGCCUGUUGCUCCAGUGAGCUUUGAUGAGUUGGGAGGUUCAUCAGAUUCUUGGACAGAGGCUCCCAAGAGUAAGAAGAAAAGACCAAGAAGGGAGAACUAGAGGGAGAGUGCCUAUGAUGAUAUGUGUUGAGCCUGUGUGUGCACUGUGGGACCAUGGUCUAGUACUCUUUUAAAUAUACUGCUCUGUGUGUGUUCUUAAUACCAGAAAUAAUAAGGUGUUCUUGCUCAUGAUGGCCAUGUUGCCAUCUUUAUUUUAAGUCCAUGGCAAAAUUACGUUAAGAACAUUUUUCUUAUCGGUGCAUCAAAUAUUGAUCAUGUAAGACAAACACCUUGCAGCAAUGGUUCUUGUUUGAUGAAUAGCAGUUUUCACUAGCAUGGAUAUUUCUGUUAAAAUUAGGUCAUGUUAUUUGUUAGGGAUUUUUUGUUUGGUGAAGUGUUGGUAAAUAAUAGUCACAAAUGCAAGUUGUGAAAGUGGAGUGGGUGGAGAGAAAUUUAUGCCACUGUCACAAAGACUUUUUUUAACAGAAGAACAAGAAUAACAAAAACUUGAUAACCAACCACAUUCCUAUUAUUUCAGAUAAGCUGGGCUGUUGGUAAAAUUGUAUGUGAAAGGUUUUACAUGGUAGAAAACUUGAGGACCAUAUCCACACAUUAUGGGUAGCGUCUACUGUGAAAAAUAUCUUGAUUGAUGCUGAAAGGUUUCUGCUAGAUGUAGUUGUGUACAUGGUUGUUUCUGAGGUCACUGCCUCAAUCCAGCUGGACAUUAAACUGAUAUAACACACUUGCUUGUCGCAGCAAGUAUCUUUGUGAAUAGUACAAUGUUACAUGUAUGUGUGAUAUCUCAGGGCAGAGGGAUAGCUGUUCAUGUGACCUCCCUAGAGUUAACUCCCUGUCUCUGCAUCUUGCAGAGGUUUGUUUUGUGCAUCUGUAGCUCGCUUCUUUUAUGCACACACACACACACAUAUAUAUAUCUAAUAUGUAUUGACAGUAAUUUUGUGUGUAAUGUGUGCUGUGGUAUAACACUGUUUGACUGUUGAUAACCACUUCAUUCAAAAAUCUGUAAAAGGCAGCGACACAUGUUCGGCUUUUGAGCACAGUUUGGUGGCUUAGAGAUAAACUUACAAAAUUGUCUGAUUAUAUAGUACUGAUGAUGCUUUUAAUAGGAUUUUGAUAUGGCUGGGGAUGUAUUUUAUCAAAUCAGAAGUCAUCUAAACAUGUUUGACUGCUAGGCCUUUUUCCUGUGGAUUUGUGCCUAGCAUAGAGACUUUUAUAUUGAUUUUUAUUUCAUGCUUCAUUUUGCUUUUUGUUGUUUUGGAUUUUUUUGGCACCAUUCAUACACCAUUCCUUUGUGGGUGACAUCUUUGACUAUCAUAUGGGUGAUGUUUUGAGGGGGGGUUGGGUUUUGUUUUGUGUUUUUUUGGGGGGGGGGGAUCAGUUUCCUUUCUCUCUGAUAAUUAGUUUUUCUUUGGUGGAGGUAGAAGGAAAACUGAAUGUGCAUGCUUUUCUUUUAUUUUUUUUCAUUGCCAUCUCAAAAGGGUUGCAUAGCAGCAGCUUACCAGUUUAAAGAGCACCUGUAACCUAAAGCUGUGCAAAAAGUUGGUCAGCAGUGCAGAAGGUUUCUAGCCAAAUAAAUUUUGUUUUUUAUUGGUUUGCAUCAGUAUGAUUGCUGCCUCGCAAGAACUGCACCGAACUUCUUUGCUGUCUCAGUCUUGUUUUGAUAUUCUUUGCUGUUAAAAAAUAUCUAGUCAUCUAGUAGCAUAAGUCUUGCUCAUUCUGACUCAUUUACAUCUGUAAAUCAUUGGCUGAGAACAGAGAUGUCACAUCAACACUGGUCAUUACAUAAAAUUUUAUGCAUGCGUGUCUCAAUCACUUUCUGUAUAUUGUUUCAUUACAUGACUAACAAAAAUUAUUAUUGUUAUUGUAGGAUAAAAAUCAAGAUCUAAAACAAAAUUUCUUGUGCUUAAAAAUGUACCUGUUUUUGUUUUUAAGCCCACUUAUAUAAAGGAAAUAUCAUGGCCCUAAUCCUUUUUUGUUCCAAAGCACUUUUUCCCCAGCUUUCACAUUCAGGAACUCUUCCCGUCUUCACAACUCUUGCAUCGUGAGUUUGAUUUUAACUGCUACCCCUCCAGUUAUUACAGCCCUCCUCCUUACAGUUCUCUAUAGUAUAUAUAUUUAAAAUAUAUUUUAUCAUGUGAUUGUUUAAUUACAGGCAUGUGCCAUACUCUUCUUUUUCGGUUUUUACUAAUUUAAAUAAUUCAACAAAAAAAUUUUAGUGAUUUUUAAACAUUUACCUUUUGGGGCAGAGAACCUUUUGUUUCAGAAUUUUUGAAGGCUAGUUUUGACCUGCUCAUUUUAUAAAGUCUGUAUGAUUGUAUAGGUGCCUCUUUGGUAUCAUUAAGGGAGAGAGAGCAGAAAACAGGGGUCACAGCAUAUUGUUUUCAGCUGAAGACAGCGCCUUUUUUUUUUUUUGCGUUUUUUUCUUUUUUUAGUCAGAAAAGUCCUAACCAUUUCUUCAAUAGAUUGUGCACAUUCCAGUACAUUAUGCACUCACCAGCUCAGAAGGCAGUUUAUUUUGUGUAUUUUUUACAUUUUUUUUUUUUUUUUAUCAUCCCAUAAAGUUACAUUUGUUAAGCACUUUUGAUGCUGCUAAUUUUAUUUGGCUUUUGUCAUAUCCAGAUUGUGUGAUGAGCAUAAAUUUUCUUGUAAACACUUACAUAAUUUAGACUUGUUUUUAAAAAUUAGAUUUCUUGUUUGGGUUAUGGGUUUAAUUUUGUUGCAGACAUUUUUCCACUGUAUCCUUCCAGUGGAGCACUUUAUCCAAAUUUUAUCGUUUUUGUGUCUUUUCAGCAACUCUUAAUUUCCUGGGGGAAAAAACUUUAAAUGAUUUAUAAAUGCUUGCUUGUGCACUGUUCUUCCAAGAAUUUGACAAGAGUGUAUGUGAUGAGUAUAUAUACAUGUGUAUGUUUUCUUUCCUUUUUUUAUUCUACAUUUUACCUUUGUUAUAGCUACCCAGCAAAGAAAAAAAACCUCCCAUUAAAAAAACAAAAACACAAAUAAGCUUGUCUUGUAAAAACACAUUUUGUGAACAAUCACAUGCAAAGCUUGGAUUCUGGGAAUAGAGAUCAUCACAUGGGUUUUUUUAUGGUAGAUUGUUGGAGUAACAUUGUAACAUCAAGUACUCAGAAGUAUGUAGAUAUUUUCUCUUUGCUUGUUUAAAAAAAAAAAUUGUGAACUCUAUUUGAUAGGCUUUUGGUCUGUUGUAAUCAUUGCAUCAUCACAAACUGUAUCAUCAGUGGCAGGUAUGUGGUGCAGGCAUGGUGAAGUCAGAUUUGUGAGGAUGUUGCAGUGGCAAUAUUUACAGGACUUGUCAACUGUUAACAUUGCAGCACCAAGGAAUGCUACAGAAAAAAGAAUUGAGUAUAUUUUUGCAGAAUACGUGAGCUGUCAUUUCUGUUAACUCCCAAUUCCAACCUCUACAGGGCAUUAGAGGCACAGCAGAAUGAUAGCAGUCUUCUGAAACCCUUGGGUUGUGCUUGACAAAUGGUGGAUCUGUUUACAAGUGUAUGAGCGGAUCUACUAAUGAGGGCAAGGUCACAGAAUGGUUUGUGGUUACGGAGUCAUUCACAAAUUGUGUGAACUGCAGGAUAUGUGGUGUAAGUGGUCGUGAGUGCAGGAAAGGGUGGCAUCAUAAAAUGGUAGACUACUGGAUUUAAUACUGUCAUAUGAUAGUAGUGAUUGCAAUAUAGAGUGUGCCGGGAUCCUUUUCCUGAGUCUGCAGUGUCUCUCGGUCUCUGUGAUUCAGGAAGACUUUUUGUGCAUUUAAUUCAUGACCUCUGUAUCUGCUUUAUCAAUUGAUGAUGACCGUAUUUUUGUGCAUCUGUUAAGAAACUUGCCAGAAGAGGUAAACGUGACCAGAAGAGUUAAUUCCCACAACUGUAUUUUGUCUCCUACUGUAAAUGUUUUAAGUGCCAAAUAUGUGAACUAGAAAUGUAUUGGUAUCCUGUUUGUUCACUAUAAUAAGAGCACACUUAUUUCUUCAUUCAUACUUUGAAUGUCAGUUCUGAGCAUACAGUGCUAUGUAUUAUGCAGGUGUUUUUGUAAAUGUGCAAAUGUUGGAUCACUGGAAUUUUUUUUUCCCUCAAAUUGUUAGUAGAGAGACACAAAGAAGACCAAGCUGUGUCAAAUCUUUAGCAGAGAGACACAAAGACAACCAAGCUGUGUUACUUCAGAAAGCUGCAUCUUAUGUUUUUCUUGGCACACUGAGGCUCUGGAAAGUUCUGAGUGCCUUCAAUUCUUCAGAGGUGUUCCUGAAUAUUGUAAAACAGUUAAGGUGGUGUAGAAGAUAAUUACUUUGGCAGCUCAUUAGCUGUUCACUUUCGCUGUGCUUUUGGGAGUUUUGUAAUAUAUCUCUGCUGCAAAUGCAAUUUGUUCUAAUGCAGAAAAUCUUGAAAAUAUAUUAGCAUUUCUCUGAAUGUGUUAAGUGAGGUAGUAAUUCAUUGUCCAGUAUUCUGAAUAACUAUGUGAAACAUGGACUGGGUGCCAAAAUUGUGCCUGUCCAUGCUGAACAAGUGUCUCCAUAGUGAUGACAGCAGGGUUCUUUGCUUCCUAUAGGUUACGUGAUAUUUGUGUAGAGGCUGCUUUGGGAACGCAGCCAGUGCCAACCAUAAUAGUUGAAUGUGUCUUCCAUGCACUCAGCAGGUCUAAUAAGCAAAGGUUGUGUUGUUCUCUGUGUACAGUUAAAUCUUUUGUGAGUGUGGUCUGAAACUGUUGUCUCCUGGUGUAUGUGCAUGUCAGUGCAAGUUUGUUGAGCAAUUACGAUAAUCAGGUUUAACCGAUAAGAUUCUGGUUUAUUGAAAAAAAAGAAGGAAAACAUUUACUGAUAUUAAGUCACUGGCUGCUGCUAGCAUUAAGCCUUGUCUUGUGAUGCGAACAGGGUACAUCGCCAGAUCUAUUCUACCUGCUUGAUUGAGAUAAUUUUUGGAGAAUGUUAUAUAUACAUUUGUGCAUUUGAUCGCUUAGCUGAAAAUAACACCAUAGUAUAAAAUUUAUGCUACUGAAGUUGGUUUCUGCUGCUGCGCAUGGGAGUUGUCUUCCAUAUUUACUGGCUAAGGAAGGCUUGCCAUGGCUUUCGGGCCAAGUAGGAUUGUUUUAUUUCCCAUAAACUUUUAUUUCUAGCUGUUUGGAAACUUUUUUACAGACUUUUGAAUAGGGUUUUCAGACACGAUUUCAAGAGAUGUGAGUUUUUUUGUUUGUUGUUUUUUUUUUUCCUAUUCCAGCUAGUUUUAUGUCAUGACAAGUAACAGUCUGAAGCGUGCGAUUGAGGACUGUUUAUUUCUUUUUUUCCUCUGUGCUAGAAAAUGGGUGCUGAUGAAUGCAUCAAUUUAGGGCAAUUUCUAGAUAGCAAGGCAUGUGUUCUGCAAGAACUUAAAGGUUAACAACUUUAAACUAUACAGGGUAAACACAAACUAAUCCGACCAGACUUUCCUGUUAGAAAGAUUUUAUGCUGUCACGCUGUUCAGUUUGGGAGAACUCUCAUAAACAUGUAGCUUCAGUUCUAGCUUGCUUUUUUCAUCAAAGAGCUUUGUGCACACCUUUCAGUUUCUAUACUGCCAUCUUUACAAAGCUAAGCCUUAAACUAGGAAGAUCUGCAAAAGGAAAGUUUGGGGGUCAGUGUUUUUCAGAAACAGUAGCCCGUACCAAUGAAGUUUCAGUUGUGCCAACACUUUUGCAAAUGGUUUCUGUCUCUUCCACUGUCAUCAGAAAAGGAUUUUACUUGGACUUACUGAAAUCUGCUUAAGGCAUUUUGUGAUCACUUUCAAAUUGCUGGAUUUGUUUGCAUUUUAAUAUGCCUGUAUAAAAUGCUUCCAAGCGCAUCAGCAGUAAACAAUCCUUUUUAUAUUGCUACAUUUUGUGUUGGUCUUAUUGCCUUCAUUUGGCCAAACUUCAUGAGUAAGGGUUGGGGUCAUUCAAUAGCCAAGAGCAUACGUUGCAGAUGUAAAAAAAAAUAAUUAGUUUUUUUAAAAUCAAUAAAUUAUCUGCAAAAAUUAUGAAGUGUUUUCUUUAAUAGAAAAUUUUUUUUUAGCCUUUUGAUGGAGAUAGCUGUGUUGAUUUGUUAUUGAUGACUUUUAAGUCAAUGCAGCACAAGCCUUUUAAAAUGGCAUAUUUUGAAUUUUCCUCUUACCCUCUUUCCGAUGCAUAGAAUACCAAUCAUUUGGCUCUUUACCAUUCUAAUGACUUUGAUGUUAGAUUUAUAUUUAUUAUACAGUGUUCUUGGAUGAGCAAUAAUAUUGACAAAAGAUGGAUUGACUAUUUUUGCAUGUGUAUCAUGAAUGUUUCCUAUUUUGGAGGUAGGGACCCUUUUACCUUUUUUUUUUUUUGAUGGGGGGGUUUAUAUUUUUAUUCUAACAUAAUAUGGCAGAUUUCAGACAAAAACACCUGCAGCUAGUCUUUAUUGUCGCAUAUGAUUUGUUCCAUAUUCGCAAAGAAACCUUGCCCUUUUAAGAUCCUGUUGAGAGACAAAGAAAGCAGUUGAAGAUGUUUGUAAACUGCAUUCUUUUGAGAGUACUUCAAGAUUGCUUUUAUUCUGUUUAAGAUUUAUAGUAGCCUAUGUUCUAAGCCUAGAUGAGUUUUGCUUCUCUAAGUGUCUGAGAAGGUGAAGAGAGGAUUGUUUUGUAUCAGGUAGUGAUGCAUUUAUCUUGGCCCCAUGCAUUGAUACAUGCUUGCAGCAACUGCGUUCAGUUACUGGAACACCGAGAGCCAGUUUCAUCACAAGCUGGUUGCGAGAUCGACGCGUUAAAACCUGGCAAUACCAUGAGGUCUACCACAUGACUGCUAUUACAUUUGAGCAGGGAUUGUGGUUAAGGGAUGCAGUUUAAGGGGUGGGAGAAACAAGUGCUGCAAUAUUCUGUAGUGGGGAAAAAUUUUUUUGUGCUGAAACAUGCAUGCAAAAUAGCUAUUUUUUCACUUUUCAGAUGUAAAUUAGUUUGCUCAGCAUUUUUUAGCUGUUUCACAUUUUAUUAGUUUCUUUGUGUGGAAGAUUAGUUAAAGCUGCUGUUUUUUAACAAAAGAAAAUUUGUUCAUAUAUUAACUUGAAGAUUUGACCUUUUUAUUUUUUUAUUAUUAUUUAUAGUGAUUUUCAACUUAGUAUAAAUAGAUAUUUUAGGAAAAACAUUGAAGAUGGUGCAUGUCAUUGCUGAAGACAACAUGGUGCAUUGAAGAUUUGGAUUUUAGGCAAGAUUCAAAGAAACACUUUCAUAUUUAAGAGAUUCUUUAUGUUGCAUUUUUGGCAUUUGGCUAUAUUUUCUUGUAAUAAUGUGGUGUUGGGCGUGCAAAUGUGUUCUGGUCUGAAUGCAGGUCUGAAAUUGUCCCAUCUAUGCCUUUUAGAGAUGUUUUAUUCACAUUGUCGCUUUAAUUACAUCCUUAAAGUGUCAUGUAUGUAGUUUGUGCAAUGCAUAUAUUUUUCUGCCAGAUGUGCAACUUGUUCUACAUGUUUGGCUGAUUGAUUGAAGUCAGAAUAAAGCUCUAUAUUUUAUGAAA